UGCUCUCGUGGGUCAAUAAUGAUAUGAGAAGGAAACUUCUUGAAAAUUUCUGCUGGUCUUUGAAAGCAAGAAAUUUGUAAGUUUCGGGGAAACACAGUUAAGACUCUCAGUUCUAAUAUAUGUGGUGCUUCUUGUGGCAUAUCUUGGAGAGAUCUGGUUUCGCUAUUCAAGGUUUUCUGCUGUUUUUUUUUUUUUCUUUUUUAAAAAAUUUUUCCUGGGUUUUCUAUAUCAAUGAAUGAAUUUUACUUUACUUAUGAGCCAUCAUCUGCACCAGUUGCCUUUCCUUCAUCUUCUAGCUUUACUUCAUCUUCUGAUGAAUUCACCGAUUCAAUUAGCCAAAGCAUAUCCUCCUUCUCAGGCUCUGAGGCCAAGCCUAGUCAAAACAUUUCUAUUUCAUCUUCUCAUGCAUCAAAUCGUUUGAGCAUCCAACACAGAUCCACCUCCUCAUCAGUCUCUGAGGCAAGGCCUAGCCAAAACACAUCCACUGCAUUUUCUUAUGCAUCAAUCUCUGAGGUGAGUUUGGAUAAUGAUGAUGCUGAGAUUGUUAUUGAGGGAAUUCCCGUUGGCAUUAACCUGGGUAUUCUAGCUGAAAGGAGCAAAAUUUUCCAUGACCUCUUCAAGCUAAAAGAGUUACCUGGGAAAAAAAAGUACCUGUUGAAUGAUCUAAUACCUUUUGGAAAGAUUGGAUAUGAAGCAUUCUUGGUUUUCUUGAGCUACUUGUAUACUGAAAAACUCAAUCCACCUCCAUUGGAGAUUUCUACUUGUGUUGAUAGUGAAUGUGCUCAUGAUGCCUGUGGACCUGCAAUUGAUUUUGCAGUUGAUUUGCUGUAUGCCUCUGCCAUAUUCAAGGUACCAAAGCUGGUUGCACUUUUCCAGAGACGCCUUUCUAGCUUUGCUUAUAGGGCUUAUGUAGAGGACGUAAUCCCAAUACUUGUGGCUGCCUUUCAUUGCGACUCAGAUGAACUUGAAAAUCAAUGUAUACAGAGAAUAGCAAGUUCAAAUCUUGAUAACAUCUCAAUACAGAAGAUGCUUCCCGGUGAUCUUCCAAAAAUAAUCGAAUUCUAUCGUAAAGAGCCUAUGUCUGAUGCUCAACAGAUCUCUGUGGCAAUGGACUCCUUGCAUGAAAAGAUUAUUAGGAGAAUACACAAGGCAUUGGACUUUGAUGAUGUUGAGUUGGUACAUCUUCUCCUCCUUGAAGACCUUGAUUUAACAAUAGAUGAUACCAAGGCUCUUCAUUAUGCUGUUGCAUAUUGUGACCGCAAAUUGGUGUGUGAGGUGCUUAACUGUUUUUCCUUUGAUAUCAACCUUAGAAAUUCGCAAGGUUUCACAGCUCUUCAUAUUGCAGCCAUGCGAAAAGAACCAUCAAUUAUUAUGUAUCUCCUAGGAAAAGGAGCUUGUGUUUCAGACUUAACAUUGGAUGGGAGAAGUGCUAUUACCAUCUGCAAAAGAUUGACCAGGCAAAAAAAUUAUCAAUCUAAAAUCGAGCAGUGUCAGGAAACGACUUAUAAAGACCGACUAUGCAUAGACAUCCUGGAGAGAGCAAUGCAGGGAAACGUCUUAAGCUAGGAGAAAUUAAUAACGCGCAAGUAUCUUGCAUGGAAGGACAAAUCAAUGGAAAUAGGACAUUUUUAUGUAAGAGGGUUCAAUGAAACCUUAUUUUAUUUAUGUGUCAAAUUUUUUUUUUUCCUUUAAACUAAUUAAUUAUCUUUCUUGCUUGUGUGUUAUUCUAUAAUUGGCUUGUGAUUC